AAUGUACGAUUAAUCGCAAAGACAAGAGCUGAUUGAAUUUAGAAAUUAUGUUAGAUAAGUGACAUAGGCAAAAAUAAAUAACACUUAAGAUAAAUCUCCAAGUGGAAAGAAUUCUACAAAAUAAUUGUCUUUUAUUUUAAAGAGUACUUAACUAAGAUAGAGUGUAUAAGAACCUAUUAAGAAUAAUCAAAUAAUGAAAACAAGUUAUGAACAAUCAUAUAUCUAAAGAUCUACAUCUCAACCAUUUGUAUAAUUUGAUGCAAAUUGUUGGAAAGAAAAUUAGAAUUCUUUUAGUAAGAUUAAAAAUGAAAGUUAUGUGAGUGUAUCUGAUUUGAUUAAAAUAAGCAAUGGAUUAAGUUAAAUGUCUAAAAAGGAAAUGCGUGAAUUGAAUUCAAAGUAUAUAGAUAUAUUUAUUUAGUUAUUUACAUUCCUUACAUGAAUUAGAUUAGACAUUAAGUACAUUACUUAAAAGAAUAGAUUGA